GGUUUCCUUCGAAAAAACAAUGAAGCUUCUUUUCGUUUUCCUCUUCAUCUCCGCUCUUGUGAUUGGUUCUGACGCCCAACUUGGCAAUCUUUGUAUGUUUUGCAGUGGACUCAUUCAAGUUCCAGACAACUGGAAUGAUGCUCAAUCACUUCUUAGAACGGGAUGUGCGCAAAGUGGAGACGCAGCAUCUGCAUGUAUAGGGCUUGUAAACGCAGCCGAUUUGACUUCAUCGUACCCAAAAAUGUAUCCAUUCAUUAUGGACAUAAAGAAAAUGGCAUGCUUCAAAUUCUGUUAAUUUCUUGGUUUCGGAAAUUUUAUUUUUCUAAUAAAGUUCUCAUAUUGAUUUAA